AUGUCUGAGUCUGAAUUUCAGCGUGGUGUUUUGCCUGCGGCUGAAGUUGCAAAGAUCCUGAACGCGGCUCGGGUCCCCAACAUUCUCUUUGGGUGGAAAUUGACUUCGUUGUCCCUGAUACUCGAAACUGCUGUUCGCGCACUUAUUGACAACGGAUUCAACUACUGUGACGAUGCCCAAUGCGUGGAACUCAAGCUACACCGGUGGUGGAAGCGAUUUGAGCAGAAUACCCCUUACCCCGUGACAGAUAUUGCUGCGCUAUGUGCCUGGAACAACGUACAUGAGAAGGCCGACGCCCACUUCCACAUCAAGGAAAAGCAGUUUCCCGGACCUAAAUUCACAGUCGUGUCGCUAUUUAAACAAUCCCGGGUUCUGUGGUCUCUCCCCACCCUGACGCUUGACCCCGUGGCGCCUGACGACCCGACGUUCAUCCUUACCAACGACACUGCGCGCCUUCCCCCCUUGACAGCAGACCGUGUAAAAAGCCCUUCGGGCCCCUGGACUGACGUGAGUCCCGUCAAAACCCUCACGAAUACUGCGCUUGUGGAGGCCGUGCUCUGGUUGGUUCUUCGGUGCCUGCGCUAUAAGAAUCAUGAUAUCGAGAACUAUUGGCAUCGAAUGUUUCAUUGGUUGUUUUUGGCGAGCAUCGAAGGGGAGCGACAACGUGCACUCCGCGACACUCUCAAGCCGGAGUUCGAACCCCUAAUUGACAAGUACCAGGAUGAGUCUAAAGCUGAAACUCCCACGGAAUACUUGAAGAGGCUUCUUCCUCAGCUGAUCGCGAAGGGGAAAGUGUAG